AUCCCUCCAUACACGAUAAAUUCUGCAGAUGACCAUCCUCAUCUUCAGUAAAACACACUCUCGAGUCUCGACCCAACUUUGUUCUCAUCUACCAGAAAAGAUCAUGGGCGUCAAAAGUUUUCUACAAGAGUUUGAGUCACCAAUUGAUCCGGACAGAUUAUUUAAGGCCUUGAUAUUGGAUUCAUGCAACCUUUGCCCCAAGCUUCUGCCUCAGUACAUUAAGAGCAUUGACAUUAUCGAAGGAGAUGGAGGUGUUGGAAGUAUCAAACAGAUUAACUUCGCCCAAGGGCCAGGCAUUCAUUUCAAAUAUGCAAAGUACCGGGUUGAUGAGCUGGAUAUGGAGAAUUUCAAGUGCAGGUACACUAUAACUGAAGGAGAUGUGUUGGGAGAGAAGCUCAAAUCCAUCGAAUACGAGGUGAAGUUUGUGGCUGAUCAUGGAGGCUGCAUUUGUAAGAUGUUGAGUGAGUAUUAUUCAGAUCAAGAACUUGAGUUCAAGGAUGAAGAUAUAGAGUUUGGCAAAGAAAGAGCAACAGAGAUGUACAAAGUAGUGGAAGCUUACCUUUUGACAAAUCCACUCUCUUAUCUUUAAUUGGAUACUGCAGAUGGUCGAUCGUUCUGUACAACUCUAGCCGUAAGUCUGUCACCGGGAACUAUA